CUUCUGCCGACUUGUCUCACAUUACUUAUAUUUUGACAGUACGCACGAAUUCUCGCUCACUGAACCGAUAGUUUCAACCGAUACGAGGUUACCACGAUCUUCAACAGAGGACGGAACAAGAAUGCACAAACCUGAAAGCCGAAACCCCGAAACCUGCGAAACAUACCCGGCAUACAUAUAAAUGUCAAGAACAUGACUGCGGCAACUGCGAGAAACCUGUUGACGCUCUGCGCCGGGCAUUCAAAUAGGUGUUUGUGUACCAGAUCCUCGUCAAGACCUGCACUCUUCACUAUCUAUCGAAACUCAAGCAACUCCUUCCCUCAUUCUCGCAAGACCUCAACUAUGACACUUCAAUCAUUUCCCGCCAGCUUCGUUCGUGGCGGCACCUCCAACGGACUGGUCUUGAAUCUAAAGGAUCUUCCAUCUUCAGAUCCCACAAAAUGGCAGCCGAUUUUGUCCUCGGCCAUGGGCUCUCCAGACUCGACAGGACGUCAACUCAACGGCGUUGGCUCCGGCGUGUCAUCAACCAGCAAAGUCUGCAUAGUUUCCGAGUCCGCUCGUGAAGACUGCGAUGUGGACUUCACAUUCGUCCAGGUCGGGAUAAAAGACGGAAAGCUGGAUCUUGCCGGCAACUGUGGCAACAUGUCAUCGAUCGUUGGACCUUGGGCUCUGAACGAGGGUCUUCUCCGGACAGCCCUCCAGACGAGGAAAGAUGAGAAUGGUAAUGAGGAAAAUUUUGUGAAUGUGAGAAUCUUCAACACGAACACGAAUAAAGUCAUUCAUGCCGAGUGCCCUGUGUUGGAAGAUGGAACGUACAACCCAUUUGGCGACUAUGCAAUUGAUGGCGUGCCUGGGACGGGAUCAAGAAUCACUUUGAAAUUUAUCGACCCAGCUGGAGCCAAGACUGGAAAAGCUUUACCUACUGGGAACCCAAUCGAUACAAUCCAACUCUCUGAUGGAACAGAAGUAAGGGCCAGUCUGGUAGAUGUGGCAAAUCCUGGUGUAUUCGUCCUUGCUUCAGAUCUAGGCUUGCCAGGAGAUAUCGAACCGACGACUUUGGAAGCACACCAGAGCAUUUUGACCCGUCUCGAAGAGAUCAGACAAACAGGAGCGAAGAUGAUGGAUAUGGAUCCUGAAGCGCAGACUGUGCCGAAGAUCGUCCUCAUCAGCAAGCCGGAGGCAGAAGCAGUCAGCUCGGGAAUCCACAUAGUCUGCCGUGCGCUGUCUAUGCAGCAACCUCACAAGGCAGUGCCACUGACUCUGGCGCUCAAUCUCGGGGCUGCUUGUCGUAUGCCUGGGACUCUGCCGGCACUGACAGCAGUGAACGCUGAGGGCCGUGAGUCGCUAACAAUCGCACAUGCGAGCGGCAAACUUGAGGUGGGGAGCGUGUUUGAAGAUGGUCAAAUUGAGAGCGCACUGCUGCAUCGUACAGCCAGAGUUCUGAUGAAAGGGGAUGUCUUCUAUUCAGCACAAUCCUGA